CCCGCUCUGAUCUGUCCAGGAAUAACAUUAGUCAUUUCUCCACUUGUGUCACUUAUUCAAGACCAGAUAAUGAACCUACUGCAGGCCAAUAUACCCGCUGCUUCCCUAAGUGCCGGCAUGGAAUGGGCUGAACAACUGGAGAUCUUUCAGGAGCUGAAAAACGAGCAUUCUAAGUACAAAUUACUAUAUGUCACACCUGAAAAAGUGGCAAAAAGCGAUUCUCUCUUGAGGCAUCUAGAAAACUUAAAUUCUCGUGGUUUGCUUUCUCGUUUUGUUAUUGAUGAAGCUCAUUGUGUGAGCCAGUGGGGCCAUGACUUUCGGCCAGACUACCAGAGUCUUGGUAUUCUGAAGCAGAAGUUUCCCGGCAUUCCCGUGUUAGCUUUAACAGCUACAGCAACAGCCAGUGUGAAAGAAGAUGUUGUACAAGCCCUUGGCCUUGUUAACUGUGUUGUGUUCCGGCAAAGUUUUAAUCGCCCAAAUCUAUGGUAUUCUGUUGUUCCCAAGACAAAGAAGUGUCUGGAAGAUAUUGACAAAUUUAUUAAGGAAAACCAUUUUGAUGAGUGUGGAAUUAUAUACUGUCUUUCAAGAAUGGACUGCGAAAAAGUCUCUGAAAAGUUGCAGGAGUUUGGUCAUAAAGCAGCAUUCUACCAUGGCAGUAUGGAGCCUGAGGAACGUGCCUUUGUACAGACACAAUGGAGCAAGGACGAAAUCAAUAUAAUAUGUGCUACUGUGGCAUUUGGAAUGGGAAUCAACAAGCCUGAUGUCCGCUUUGUUAUUCAUCACUCACUCCCGAAGUCUAUAGAAGGCUAUCAUCAGGAAUGCGGUCGUGCUGGCAGAGAUGGUCAGAGGUCAUCUUGUGUUUUGUAUUAUGGUUAUGGCGACUAUAUACGAGUUAAACAUAUGAUUAGCCAAGGAGGAGUUGACCAAAGCCCCAUGGCAACUGGGUAUAAUCGUGUAGCAAGUUCAGGGAGGAUACUUGAAACAAAUACCGAAAACCUUCUCCGCAUGGUUAGUUACUGCGAGAAUGAGGUGGACUGCCGGCGAUUCCUACAACUAGUGCAUUUCGGUGAAAAAUUCGAUUCCACAAACUGCAAAAAGACGUGUGAUAACUGUUGCAGUACUCAGAGUUUGAUAGACAAAGAUGUCACCUUGAUCACAAAGCAACUGGUUGAACUGGUGAAGCAAACAGGAGAAAGGUUUUCUUCAGCUCAUAUUCUUGAAGUCUACAGAGGUUCCUUAAACCAAAUGGUCAAGAAACACAGACAUGAGACUUUGCAGCUGCAUGGAGCUGGAAAACAAUUAUCAAAACUUGAAGUUUCUCGUAUCUUGCACUAUCUCGUAACUGAGGACAUUCUUGUGGAAGAUGUUCGGAAAAGUGAUAUGUAUGGAUCUGUGUCAUCGUUUCUCAAGGUGAAUAACGCAAAGGCUUCCGUACUAUUUUCUGGAAGUCAGACUGUAAUGAUGAGAUUCCCGUCUUCUGUAAAAGUACUAAAGCCAAGUAAACCCGGGGCAACCCCUGCAAAAGGUCCGCUAACAUCAGAGAAGCAAAGUACUCUUCCACUUUCCACAGAAGAUGCUCCUCCAAAAGAUUUGAAUCUCUCCGCCAACAUGUACACAGCCUUGAGGAAGCUUCGUACAGCUCUUGUCAAAGAAGCCCCUGAUGGUGUCAUGGCAUAUCAUAUAUUCAUCAAUUCAACACUACAGCAGAUAAGCAGACGAAUUCCGAGAACCAAAGAGGAACUCCUUGAAAUCAAUGGCCUUGGGAAGGCCAAAGUAAGCAAGUACGGUGAUCGGCUGUUGGAAACAAUAGAUUCAACGGUAAACGAGUACUGCGGAACCAAUAAGAAAGACUCCAUAAUCAGCAACGACAGUCCCCAUUCAGGGAAGAGGAGAAGAGACGAGAACAUUAGUCCAAAUGUAGCCGAGGAUGAUGAUUUCGAAGUGAGCCCAAGUCAGUCCUGCAAGAAAACAGUUAGAAGCAAAAGCAAUGAGGUUCUUCAUGGUGAAUGUGCAGAUGGAGAUCGAGUAGGCAUGGUUAUGGAGAAGCUUGAUUUUGAUUUCGAAGACGAAGAUGGGUCAGAGAUACGACCGGAGGGAAGAGUAUUACCUUGGUGAAGUUGUGACCACUGAAAUUGUAGUUGUAACUUGUAAAGAAUUUUUGCUGUAAUAUUUUUGUUACCUUGUUAAAGUCGCGAUGUACAUUAAUGUUCAGUAGAUCGCAUAAACUAUUUAUCAGAUGUGGACUUCUUUGA